GCAGUGCGCGGCGAGGCCGCUGGGGGACGCCGUGGGCCUCCCGGCCCGUCCGCCCGGCGCUCCAGGCAGCGCGGCGGCCCGGCUCCCUCUCCCCGCGCGGGGCGGCCCAGCGGGCAGGGGCGCGGCCGCUCGCCGGCUCGGCUCGGCUCGGCUCGGGGGCUGCGGGCUGGCCGGGCGCGGGGCGGGGACGCGGCGGCCGCCCGCUCUCGCCGCUCCUCCCCGGCCGGCGUCGAGGCGGCCAUGGCGACCCUGCGCCCGCUCCCCACCCACCCCGCCUGCUCCGCCCUCCCCUCCGCCCCGCGCCACCCCUGAGCCCGGCCCGCGGCCGCCCGCCCAGCCUGCGCCCUCGGCCGCCGCGGGGAUUAGCAGCCGCCGCCCGGGAGCCGCGCCCGCAGGCCGGAGCCGCAGCCGAGCCGCAGCCGGAGCCGCCGGGACGCGGAGGCACCGCGCCACCUGCUUUCACCAUGGGAGAAAUAGAGCAGAAGCCAACUCCCGGCUCGAGACUGGGCGCCCCGGAGAACUCGGGGAUCAGCACGCUAGAGCAUGGGCAGAAGCCACCCCCGACGCCUUCAGGAAAGCUCAUGUCCAUCAAAAUCCAGAUGCUGGAUGACACACAGGAGGCGUUUGAGGUCCCGCAAAGGGCGCCAGGCAAAGUACUGCUGGAUGCCGUAUGCAGCCACCUCAACCUGGUAGAAGGAGACUACUUCGGCCUGGAGUUUCCCGACCACAAGAAGAUCACGGUAUGGCUGGACCUCUUAAAGCCGAUCGUUAAGCAGAUUAGAAGGCCAAAGCACGUAGUGGUGAGGUUCGUGGUGAAGUUCUUCCCGCCUGACCACACACAGCUCCAGGAAGAGCUCACCAGGUACCUGUUUGCGCUGCAGGUGAAGCAGGACCUGGCCCAGGGCAGGCUGACGUGCAGUGACACUAGUGCUGCCCUGCUCAUCUCACACAUCGUCCAGUCGGAGAUCGGGGACUUUGACGAAGCCUCUGACAGGGAGCACUUAGCAAAGAACAAGUACAUUCCUCAGCAGGACGCCCUGGAAGACAAGAUCGUGGAGUUCCACCACAACCACAUGGGACAGACGCCAGCAGAAUCGGAUUUCCAGCUCCUGGAGAUCGCGCGGCGGCUGGAGAUGUACGGGAUCCGGCUGCACCCGGCCAAAGACCGGGAGGGCACCAAGAUCAACCUGGCCGUGGCCAACACUGGCAUCCUCGUGUUUCAGGGCUUCACCAAGAUCAACGCCUUCAACUGGGCCAAGGUGCGCAAACUGAGCUUUAAGAGGAAACGCUUCCUCAUCAAGCUCCGGCCGGAUGCGAAUAGCUCGUACCAGGACACUCUGGAGUUCCUGAUGGCCAGCCGGGAUUUCUGCAAGUCCUUCUGGAAAAUCUGUGUGGAGCACCACGCCUUCUUCAGGCUGUUUGAAGAGCCCAAGCCCAAGCCCAAGGCGGUUUUCUUCAGCCGGGGAUCCUCAUUCCGGUUCAGUGGCCGCACUCAGAAGCAGGUCCUGGACUAUGUGAAAGAAGGAGGACAUAAGAAGGUGCAGUUUGAGAGGAAACACAGCAAGAUCCACUCCAUCCGAAGCCUUGUCCAGCGGCCGGCAGAACUGAACUCAGAAGUGCCACAACAUGCUCAGCCUUGUGCCAGCCCUACCCCCCGAGAAGUCCGAGAGAGCCCCCAUGGCCAGAACCGCCCGCCACCACCUGGAAAGGAACUGAACGCCCCCUUGGCGGAGCAGGGCCCCGGGGGCAGCAGGGCAGCCGAGGGCGCCCCCCAGGCCCCUCUGCCGAUGACGACCACCAUGGAGGACGAGGAGGAGGAAGAGGAGGAGGAGGCCGCCGUCACGGAGCGGAGCCCACAGAGCCGGCCGCAGCCCCCGCCGCCAAGCACAGGCUCCCUGACUGCUAGCCCUCACCUUUCAGAGCUCUCCGUCAACUCGCAGGGAGGAGCCGUACCCCCCAGCGUCAUCCUGUCCCCCAACCUGAGCCCCGACACCAAGCAGGCCUCGCCCCUGGUCAGCCCACUGCUCAACAACCAGGCCAACCCCCGGACGGACGAUGAGGAGGAAGGACGGAGAAAGAGAAUCCCGACUGACAAGGCCUACUUCAUGGCCAAGGAGGUGUCCACCACAGAGAAGACGUACCUGAAAGACCUGGAAGUCAUCACCUCGUGGCUUCAGAGCGUCGUGAGCAGAGAGGACACCAUGCCCGAGACCCUGAGGAGCCUCAUCUUCCCCAACUUCGAGCCUCUGCACAAGUUCCACACCAACUUUCUCAAAGAAAUUGAGCAGCGGCUGGCGCUGUGGGAAGGCCGCGCCAACGCGCACAUGAGAGAGCACCAGAGAAUCGGCGACGUCAUGCUCCGGAACAUCCAGGGCAUGAAGCAACUGUCGGCUCACCUGUGGAAGCACGGGGAGGCGCUGGAGGCGCUGGAGAGCGGCGUGCGGAGUUCCCGGCGGCUGGAGAGCCUGUGCAGGGACUUCGAGCAGCAGAAGGUGUGCUACCUGCCGCUCAACACCUUCCUGCUGCGCCCGCUGCACCGCCUCAUGCACUACAAGCAGGUGCUCGAGCGCCUGUGCAAGCACCACCCGCCCAGCCACCCCGACUUCCGGGACUGCAGAGCUGCUUUGGCAGAAGUCACUGAAAUGGUGGCCCAGCUUCACGGUACGAUGAUCAAGAUGGAGAAUUUCCAGAAGCUGCAUGAACUCAAGAAAGAUCUGAUCGGCAUCGACAACCUUGUGGUCCCAGGACGGGAGUUCAUCCGGCUGGGCAGCCUGAGCAAGCUCUCGGGAAAGGGCCUCCAGCAGCGUAUGUUCUUCCUGUUCAACGACGUCCUGCUGUACACUAGCCGUGGGCUCACGGCCUCCAACCAGUUCAAGGUCCACGGGCAGCUGCCGCUCUUUGGGAUGACAAUGGAGGAGAGUGAAGACGAAUGGGGAGUCCCCCACUGCCUCACCCUCCGGGGGCAGCGCCAGUCCAUUGUCGUAGCUGCCAGCUCCCGGGCCGAGAUGGAGAAGUGGGUGGAGGACAUCCAGAUGGCCAUCGACCUGGCGGAGCAGAGCAGCACCCCCGGCCCCGAAUUCCUGGCCAGCAGCCCCCCGGACAACAAGUCCCCCGACGAGGCGGCGCCGGCGGACCAGGAGUCCGAGGACGACCUGAGCGCCUCUCGCACGUCGCUGGAGCGCCAGGCCCCGCACCGCGGCAACACCAUGGUGCACGUGUGCUGGCACCGCAACACCAGCGUGUCCAUGGUGGACUUCAGCCUGGCCGUGGAGAACCAGCUAUCUGGGAACCUGCUGAGGAAAUUCAAGAACAGCAAUGGCUGGCAGAAGCUGUGGGUGGUGUUCACCAACUUCUGCCUCUUCUUCUACAAGUCACACCAGGACAAUCACCCCCUGGCCAGCCUGCCACUGCUCGGCUACUCCCUCACUAUCCCCUCCGAGUCUGAGGAGAUCCACAAGGACUACGUAUUCAAGCUGCACUUCAAGUCCCACGUGUACUACUUCCGGGCCGAGAGCGAGUACACCUUUGACAGGUGGAUGGAGGUGCUCUGCAGCGCUACCCGCUCGGCCUCCCGCGCCCACCCCCCAAGUCACAAGGAGGCUCAUGUGUACUGAGGAGAGGGGACGCUCCCCAGAGGACUGCGGCCUGGUGUCACUCCUGCCCGUCCGGAGAGCCAACACCGAGCUCCGAUGGACGGCGGCCACCCUCUCCCCCCUCGGGCACCGGCAUUGCCACAGUGUCGCCCGUGAGAGUGCCAAACGACACGCACCUGUUCAACCAAAAGCCAGGCCCCUGCUCCUCUUCCCCAAGGACACUCAGGCUACGUGGGGGGCUUUCUCCCCCAGCUGCUGCGGACGGUCUUCAUAAAACUAGAGGCGAUCACUUCUCCUAUCUUUUUUUUUUUUUCCAUUUCUUUUCCCUCCUUCCCAAUGCUCUUUCUACUUUUUAUAACGGUAGUAGGACUCCUCACUUUUCUCCGAUGAUGCAGGUGGACCAAAGGGGCAGGGUUGAGGGGCUGUGCUGUCUGUCGUACGAGCAUGAGAACCUGUCUGUUGGUGGCCGGGGCCCCUCGCGACGGCCCCGGAGCUGUGGUGCGUGAGCCCCCCUCCCUCCCGCCUCUUCCCCUCACCCCGAACCGUGGUUUGGAACUCGGCGUUCAGUAGUCGUAUAUAUAUAUAUAUCGUGCCUGUCCCCUCCACCCACUCUCCUUUUUAUACUCCCCCUCCCCCAGCCACAGGGUUGUGACAGUGUGACCUGGUGCCACCGUCGGGCUGCUCUGCCCCUCUGGACUGGGGAACAGUGCGCCCCCAGAGUAGCUCGAGAUGUGUUAAUCAUUUGCCUUACAAUAUGUACCGGAUGGUUCAGAGUACUAACAAAAGGGAAUAAAAAUACCUCACGCCACAACCCCAGCAUAUUGAAGUCGGAAGGCAAAACAA